AUGUCGGGCUGCUAUGUCCGCGACGACAGCCCGACGCUGCAGGCUCGUCCCCCUACUUAUACCGAGGACUGCACCGGCACAAUCGAAUACUGUCUCCGCGGAUUCUACAAGCACCACGGAGAGGACUUUGCCGACGCCGACGCCUGCCUCUGGUCCCGAGGCAAGGACCCCAAGACCCUCGACGCCUAUCGCAUCCUGAACAAUGACGACUACCGCGCUGGCAUCCGGGCUCUCCAACAGGGGAACCAGAUCUACAAUCGAUACCUGCUCAUCACCCGUCUUACUGACACCCACGUCGCAGACGACAAGGACAAGGAGGGCAACGACAUUAUCAAUCAGCUCUGGUGGUCGAACGAACGCCGCGUGCCUCUGGCCCGCGAAUCGCUUGACCUGGCCAAGCGCAAGUUUGCCACGGCCUUUGGGCCAGAAUUCUCGGGCGAGAUUAACCAGGCUAUUGACGACGCGAGGGCCAAGCUUAACGCUGCCUGGACUCAGGUCAAGGAGACUAAUGUCAAUCACAUUUCCGACCUGUACGGGUGGUUCCGCGGAAAGACGGAGGAGAAGUACUACAAGAGCUGGUAG